GAAACGUCAACAACGUAAACUACGUAUUCCUGAAAAAAAAAAAUGGCGUCUGUAUCAGAGCUUUACGAUGUCACUUGGGAAGAUAUGAGGGACAAACUUCGGAAAUGGAGAGAAGAAAAUUACAGAAACAGUGAACAAAUUGUGGAUGUAGGAGAAGAACUUAUAAACGAACAUUCAUCAAAACUAGGAGAUGAUAUAUGGAUUAUUUAUGAGCAGGUGAUGAUAGCAGCGUUGGACUCCUGUCGGGACGAUUUGGCCUGGAGUUGUCUACAGGAACUGAAGAGGCAGUUUCCAGAUAGCCACAGAGUGAAGCGAUUAGCGGGCAUGCGGCUUGAGGCUUUGGAAAGGUACGAUGACGCCAACAAGCUGUACGAUUCAAUACUACAAGAUGAUCCGACCAAUACGGCGGCCAGGAAGCGCAAGAUCUCCAUCCUGAAAGCCCAGGGGAAGACGGCCGAGGCCGUCCGCGAGCUCAACGAGUAUUUGGAGCAGUUUGUUGGAGACCAGGAAGCGUGGCAUGAGCUGUCGGAACUCUACAUCAACGAACAUGAUUACGCAAAGGCCGCCUUCUGCCUGGAAGAGCUGAUGAUGACCAACCCGCACAACCACUUGUACUGUGAGCAGUACGCCGAGGUGAAGUACACCCAAGGGGGUAUGGACAACCUGGAGCUGGCCCGAAAGUAUUUUGCCCAGGCGCUGAAGCUGAACAACAGAAACAUGCGGGCCCUGUUCGGCCUCUACAUGUCUGCCAGUCAUAUUGCAGCCAGCCCGAAAGUCAGCGCCAAGGUGAAGAAGGACAAUGUCAAAUACGCCGCCUGGGCCGCCAGUCAAAUCAACAAAGCCUAUCAGCUGGCUGGGCGCGGGACCAAGGAGAGCAAGUGCUCCAUGAAGGCUGUGGAGGAGAUGCUGGAGUCCAUGCAGAUCACCAUGUCCUGAGCCUGGAGCCCACACACCUCCCUUCCCCCUCUCCCUCUCUAUCGCUUUCUCUCUCUCUCUCUCUCUCUCUCUCUCCCUCUCUGUCUGGCUCUCUAUCUCCUUCUCUCUAUCUCUUUCUCUCUCUGUCUCUCUCUUCCUCCCUUUCUCUCUCUCUCUCUCUCUUUCUUUCUCUCUCUCUCAUUCCCCCCCCCCCCCUUCUCUCUGUGUCAACUACACCCAUCACUACAUGGCAGCUCCCACUGUACAGCUCCAACCCUACCACCACCACGGUGUAUCAGGAAAUGGGGCUCCCCCAUUCCAGCCCCCCCAACCCACCCGUACCCUCACCCUCUUUUAAUAUCCAUCAUUCGUCAAUUUGUUUUUGUUUAUUAGGUCUUCUGCAGCAGAAGCUAGUAGAGUACUCCCUACAGUGCAAAAUCAGGGACUAGAAUGUUAAUAGAGGACUGUAAAUGUUAUUUAAAAGGAAGAGGCUGCGAGUGUGUGACCUGUUUGACCUUGUGUCUGAAUGAUGUGACCUUUUUAUCGCGGUCGACCCCUCUGGGUCAACCAAACUGCCUGUCUCAAUAAAGAGUUAUUAUGAUAGAAAAUAACAAAUAAAAUAAGGAUAACAAAAUCAAA